AUGAUAAUUAAAACCCAGAAUCCGGAUUGGGAUGACAUUCAAGUAAUACUAGACACCUUAAUGGAUUCAACAGAGAAGGAUAUGGUAUUACGAGCUGCUAGGGACAGAGCUCGUGAGGAUAUUCGGAAUGGAUUGGUACCCGGGAAUGUUGAUCAGAACUUCCCCACUGAGGAUCCGCAGUGGGAUUAUAAUACUGGGGAGGGAAUGAGAAGGCUGAAGAGGUAUCAGGAUUGGGUACAAAUUGGUGUACAAAAUGCUAUGCCUCGGACCAUAAACUGGUCGAAAUUAUAUAAUGUGAGGCAAGAAAAGGCGGAAUCACCUUCCGCAUUUCUGGAGAGAUUGAAGGAAACUGCUAAAAAAUACACUGAUUUGGACAUAGAAACCGACCAGGCUAAAGCUCAGCUAGCCCUUAUUUUCUUAGGGCAGUCACAGGAAGAUAUUCGGAAAAAGCUACAGAAACUGGAAGGUGUGGACUUGAGGAACAUGGAUAAGUUAUUAGAGGUAGCUUGGAAGGUAUAUAAUAAUAGGGAGAAGGAAACAAGCAAGAGACAGCAACAGGGUUUGCUGGCUGUAAUUCAGGGGCGAGGAGGUUUGGGACUAAGGGGAAAUAAGGAGGUAAAGUUUCUUAUUGACACAGGAGCUACAUAUUCAGUACUUAAUGAAUUAGAUGGGAAGGUGGGGAAUAAAAAGACUACAAUUGUAGGUGCCACGGGGAAGGAAGAGGUACGGCCAUUCCUUCGACCCCUCGAUUUACGGUUUGGGGGUAAAGAGAUAACCCAUGAAUUCUUGUAUAUGCCAGACUGCCCAGUCCCUCUUUUGGGACGGGACCUGUUAACGAAAUUGAAUGCCACCCUGGUCUUCGAGAAUGGGGAGUUAAUUAUGAAAGUUCCGGAAUCAAAAGUAGGACAGAUUUUGAUGAUUACAGAGAAGGCCGUCCCACGGAUACCAAAAGAGGUAGAGGAUGCAGUCAUACCUACAGUUUGGGAGACAGACGUACCUGGAAAAUCAAAGGGAGCACAACCUGUAAAGAUAGAGUUGAAGGAAGGGGUUAGGCCAGUUCGGAUCAGGCAGUACCCAUUAAAACUGGAAACAAGGUUGGGAAUAGUGAAUAUAAUAGACAAAUUUCUUAAUUACCAUAUUUUGGAGGAGUGCAAAUCAGAAUAUAACACCCCAAUCUUCCCAGUAAAGAAACCCAAUGGGGAAUAUAGGCUAGUACAGGACCUUAGGGCAAUAAAUGAAAUAACAAAAGACAUCCAUCCAGUGGUGGCUAAUCCUUACACAUUGUUAACAUCUGUGAAGGAGAAAUAUAAAUGGUUUACAGUAAUAGAUUUAAAAGAUGCUUUCUUCUGCAUACCCAUUGACAAGGAUAGCAGGAAACUUUUUGCCUUCGAGUGGGAAAAUCCACACAACGGAUGGAAGAUGCAGUUAACUUGGACAAGGCUCCCGCAAGGAUUCAAGAAUAGUCCAACUCUCUUCGGUAGUCAAUUGGCUAAGGAAAUAGAAGACUGGACUAAGCAAGGAUGUAUCCAGGUACCAAGGGACCAAUAUUUGUUACUACAAUAUGUGGAUGAUAUAUUAAUAGCUACCGAGGAGGAAUCACAGUGCAUCCAGGUAACUAUUGAAAUCUUAAAUCAAUUAGGAAUGAAUGGAUAUAAGGUCUCAAAAGAAAAGGUACAGAUUGCAUGCUUAACAGUAAUAUAUUUAGGAUGUGAAAUUUCACAAGGACAAAGAAGAUUAGGAGUCAAUCGAAUACGGGCUAUCUGCGAUAUUCCCGAACCUCAAAACUUACAUGAACUGAGGGCCUUCUUGGGUAUGACUGGUUGGUGCAGGCUAUGGGUAAUGGACUAUGGGCUCAUAGCUAAACCUCUCUAUGAAGCUCAAAAGGCCCAUGUGCUUGUCUGGGGAAAAGAACAAAAGGAGGCUUUCAGGAAGAUGAAAGAGGCCCUCACAAAGGCACCCGCUUUAGGUUUGCCUGACCUGUCAAAAGAUUUCCAAUUAUUUGUCCAUGAAAGACAGCGAUUAGCUUUGGGGGUGCUAACUCAACGGUUAGGGAGCUGGAAACGACCAGUGGGAUAUUUCUCCAAACAGUUAGAUGCAGUAAGUGCAGGGUGGCCUUCGUGUUUAAGGGCGGUAGCAGCUACAGUCCUCCUAAUCCAAGAAGCUAGAAAACUCACCUUGGGGAAACGCAUUGAAGUAUUUGUGCCACAUAUGGUAACUACAGUUUUGGAACAAAAGGGGGGUUAUUGGUUAUCACCUAGUCGAAUGAUGAAGUACCAGGCUAUACUAACUGAGCAGGAUGAUGUGACCCUAAACACAACUAAUCUGUUGAACCCAGCAGUUUUUCUAGGAACAUCGCCGGAAGAAGGAAGUCUGAACCAUAACUGUAUGGAAGUCAUUGAAUAUACGUAUGCCAGCAGGGCGGACUUGAAGGACACACCCCUAGAAAGGUAUGAUUGGGAACUUUUUACUGAUGGUAGUAGUUUUGUGGAAAACGGGACCCGAUAUGCAGGAUACGCAGUAACGACUUCAAGAACUAUAAUCGAAGUGAAUUCUCUAACCCCCGGGACCUCAGCACAGCGGGCAGAAAUAAUAGCCCUUACGCGAGCAUUAGAGUUGAGUGAAGGAAAGGAAGUGAAUAUAUGGACGGAUUCAAAAUAUGCCUUUGGAGUAGUGCAUGUGCAUGGAGCGUUAUGGAAGGAGAGAGGACUGCUGUCUUCGCAAGGAGCUAACAUAAAGCAUCAAGAGGAAAUAAUGAAAUUAAUAACGGCUGUGCAAAAACCCCGGCAAGUGGCCAUAAUGCACUGUAAGGCCCAUCAAGGAGGAACAUCAGAAGUUGUAGAAGGAAAUAGGCUGGCAGAUCAGACAGCUCGACGGGUUGCACGAGAGGUAUGGAAACUGAUGGCCUUGAUUCCGUCGAAGGUAGGUCUCUCUCGUUUUAACUUCCCAAAGUUCCCAAGGUACUCCCAGGAGGAUGAGAAGCUGGCAAAACUGAUGAAGGCUCAAAAGAAUUCUGACGGAUGGUAUGUGACUGCUACCGGACAGGUGGUGAUACCCUCUUUGAUAAUGCGAGAAAUAUUACAAACAAAACACAACGAAUGUCACUGGGGUGCAGAAGCGAUUGUAACUUAUUUAAAACAUAAUAUUGUCUCAGUACAUAUGUUAACAAUGGCAAAGGCAGUGAUGUCCAAGUGUGAAAUUUGCUUAAAGAAUAACCCAGUGGCAAGAAAACAUGCCGAAAUGGGACGAAUUCGAACAGGCAUGGAACCAGGUGAUUACUGGCAAAUCGAUUUUAUAGAAUUACCAAGAACAAGGGGAUAUAAGUAUCUAUUAGUGGGGGUAGAUACCUUUUCUGGAUGGCUGGAGGCCCUUCCCUGUCGCACCAAUCAAGCAAGGGAAACAGUGAAGUGGCUCCUACGGGAGAUUAUCCCUAGGUUUGGUGUACCAUUAGGUAUCUCUUCAGAUAGGGGACCACAUUUCGUUGCAACUGUGGUUAAAGAUGUUAGUAGAUUAUUGGGAAUCUCCUGGAAUUUACAUACCCCGUGGAGACCCCAGUCCAGUGGUCAAGUAGAGCGAAUGAAUCAGACCUUGAAAGGGCAAAUAAGUAAGAUCUGUCAGGAAGCUAAGAUACAAUGGCCACAGGCCUUGCCGAUAGCUUUAUUACGAAUCAGAAUAAAACCCAGAAGUGGAAUGUCUGUAAGCCCUUUUGAGAUUAUGUAUGGAAAACCUUAUGAAUCCCCCGAGCCAAAUCCAAGUAUGCAUAUUGGUGGUAAACAAGAUGUUUAUAAUUAUGUUUUAUCUCUUGGCAAAACCUUAGCUCGACUACGCAGUGUCCUGGUGUGGAAUCGACCUUUGUCUCUGGAAAAUCCUGUGCAUGAUGUUCAACCAGGGGAUACAGUUUAUAUUAAGAACUGGAAUGAAGAACCUUUAAAGGAACGGUGGGCCGGACCCUAUCAGGUCUUACUGACAACCUUUACGGCUAUCAAGGUAGAAGGAGUGGAUGCCUGGAUACAUUACACCCGAGUGAAACGGGUACCAAGACUUUGGGAAGCUCAACCAAUAGGUCCUACUAAACUGAGGAUACGAAGUAUAUAA